AACUCAUUGAAAGGCCUAAAAAAGAUAGAAGACUAAUAAAUUUUAUGUAAUGGAAGAAGACCAAUCCGCCCACUCCAUAUACGACGUCCAAUCACAGUGCGUAUCUUUUCCCGUCUGGGUCAAACAACGCUGUUCUGAUUGAACAGAACAUAUGUCAGUCAAACUAAGAGGCCACGCCUCCCGCUGUCCCCGCAAACCCUGGGGGAGAUGAGUGUUCAGGGUUUUUAAAAGAAAUAUACGCUGGAAUAAAGUUAACUUUUUGCGCGAGGAUCAUUACGUUAGAGAGUUUUGCGUACUUUUGUGGAGGGAGCGGGAGAAUUUGUGUAUUUUAAGAAGACUUUUCCAUUCUUUUUUUUUGGGUGUCGUGGUGAAGGAUGGAUGAAAUGCGGCCUAGCGGGGGAGCGGCUGGUCACCUCGGGCUCGCCUCGCUCUUUCCGCCGGGUCUGCAGGCCAUCUACGCGGAGUGUCGCCGACUGUACCCCGAUCAGCCAAACCCGCUACAAGUCACCGCCAUCGUUAAGUACUGGUUAGGGGGGCCAGAUCCUCUGGACUACAUAAGCAUGUACAGGAACGUGGGAUGCCCUGCUCUGGAUGUACAGGAACACUGGCACUAUGUGAGUCUCGGCCUGAGUGAUCUGUACGGAGACAACAGAGUUCAUGAAUUCACUGGUCUUGAAGGUCCUAGUGGAUUUGGCUUUGAGCUUACAUUUCGGUUGAAGAGGGAGCCCGGGGAGACUGCUCCCCCCACCUGGCCAGCCGAGCUUAUGCAAGGUUUGGCUCGGUACGUCUUUCAAUCAGAAAACACGUUCUGCAGCGGUGACCACAUUUCAUGGCAUAGCCCACUAGACAACAGUGAGUCCCGAAUCCAGCACAUGCUGCUCACAGAGGACCCCCAGAUGCACCCUGUACAUACCCCCUUUGGGCUGGUUAGCUUCCUUCAAAUCGUGGGGGUGUGUACAGAAGAGCUCCAGGCAGCACAGCAGUGGAAUGGUCAGGGCAUUUUGGACCUGCUGCGUGGAGUGCGUGUUGCUGGAGGUCCGUGGUUAAUCACUGACAUGAGGAGAGGGGAGACUAUAUUUGACAUUGAUCCUCACUUACAAGAGAGAGUGGAUAAAGGCAUCGAAACGGACGGCUCUAACCUGAGCGGCGUCAGUGCCAAGUGUGCAUGGGAUGACCUGAGCCGACCUCCAGAGGAUGAGGACGACAGUCGCAGCAUCUGCAUUGGAUCGCAGCCACGCAGGCUGUCUGAGAAAGACACCGAACAGAUCAGGGAAGCCUUGAGGAAAGGACUGGAGAUUAACAGCAAGUCAGUCUUACCCCCCAUUAACACUCAGAGACCCCAUCAAGACCGGCCACUAAGUCGUAAGGACAGUCUGGAAAGUGAGAGCUCAUCUGCUAUUGUUCCUCAUGAGCUGGUGAGGACGCGGCAGCUGGAGAGUGUGCACCUCAAGUUCAAUCAGGAGUCUGGAACUCUGCUCCCACUGUGCCUUAGAGGUCGCCUCCUUCACGGGAGGCACUUCACAUAUAAAAGUAUCAAUGGUGACACAGCAAUCACUUUUGUAUCCACUGGAGUGGAGGGUGCUUUUGCAACAGAAGAGCACCCCUACGCUGCUCAUGGGCCAUGGCUACAGAUCCUUCUCACUGAAGAGUUUGUGGAGCACAUGCUAGGCGACCUUCAGGAUCUGAGCGUUCGUGACGAGUCCAAGCUACCAAAGGAAUACAGCUGGCCUGAUAAGAAGCUGAAGAUUUCUAUCCUGCCAGAUACAGUGUUUGACAGCCCACUGCAAUAAGACUGAGAGGAUGUCUCCCAGCCCUCCCACUGUCUUCCCCCCCCCCAGUCUCUAGAGAAUUGCUGAGCCGCAGGGGCUCCAUAGAGACUCGUACUUUUACACAGUUGGAGGAAAUGGACACGUAGACACUUGACUCCCUCUCAGACAGCUGUUGGCACAAGACACUGAAUAUGCCUUUUUCACCAAGUAUUAACUCCAUCAUAGCAUUUAUCCUUCAAAUGUUUCUGUUUAAUGCAUUUUGUCCAAAUGACCUCAUAUCCUUCAUUUUCAGAAUUCUACCUGUGUGCCUGUAGCCUGUACAUAGAAGGUUUUUGAAUUUUUAUGAGAGAAAAACAGGGAAUAGCUUAAUACAAUUUGAUUUUUACUUUUUGUAGACUUUUUUUUUUUUUUUUUUUUUUUUUGGGAGAAAUUUUUGCAUAAGAGGUUGGAUAAAACCAUGUUUACACAGUUUUAGGGUUAGGCAUAGCAAAUUCACAGCCCUGACAAAUAUCCCCAAACCUUUUCUGUGCCACAAGGAAGUACUGAAGUAAUUUUGCUUUGAAAAGGAAAACAUUAUCUUAAAUAUUCAUGUUGUGUGCAAAAAGAUUGAUUAUGCCAAAGGUGUAUUUCCUCAAUUUUAUUUCUAGUGCUAGAAAGAGAUACUACCAAUCAAACCAUGAUUAAUUUGUCUUGUCAAUUGUUAGUACUUUACUGCAUUAUUCAGAAUCGUGCACAUCCAUCACUAAGUCUUGCUAAGAAAUGUUUACAAGCUAAAGUAAACUUUUUAUCAGCAAAACUAAAACAAACUGCUUCUCAUGAAGUCAAGCUGUAAUGAAUCUACCUUUUAUAUCAUGAGUUAUAGAAGUGUGGAAAUUGCUCUCAAAUUAAAUACACUAGUGCCUGUUUAAAACUGAUCAACACUAUCUUGAUGCAAGUUGCUAAUCUAUACCAAAGCCAGUAUUUAAUUUGCAUUCUCAUGUAUUGGAUGUAGGAGAUCAAAAGCCCAUUUUAUUACAGUGGUUUCCCCCGUUGAUUUCUUUAACCGUUUAAAGUGCAAUGGUUAACUUUUCCACCCAUCAUUUCUGUUCUGUUCCAUGUUGUUUUAUGGAUGUAAGCUAAAACGUGUUCGUGGGGACAGGAGUACGUUCACAAGCUGCAUUAGUUCCCCUUUUUUUUUCUCUUUUCUUUUUUAUAAAUACCUGAAGUGCACACUAAACCACAAGUUCCCCCCCCCCCCCCUUUUUUUUAACAGGUGUGUUUAUGUAGUGUAUUGUCUUUUUUUUUUAUAUUCUUUCAAAUCACUAAACUGCCUCUUUUUCUUACCAUUAAAGUGCAUUAAAGUUUAUUUACAUAAAUAUUGUAUAUUCAUAUUGGCAUUUUAAACUGUAUGUAAAACACCAUUAGGUGUAGUGUAAAUAAUUUUGUAAUAUUUUGUGUGCUUAAAAAAAACAAAACAAAAAAACAACUAAACAAAUAAUUUGAGACUACA